AUGUCUCAAAUUGCUCGAGUUUCGACGGCCGCGAGCGCGGUGGCGAAGAACACUCAAUCGCGCGUCGGUCGCGGUCGUUCUCUUCGUCCGCGCGCGUCAGAAAACGCCCAAGCCGGCGCCGAUGAUGUCGACAGACGACGCGCGCUGUUCGGUCUAUCCACCGCGGCUCUGGCGAGCGCUCUGUCACCUCUGAGCGCUAUUGCGGCCGAAGAGGAGAAGGCGAAGAAGGUGGUCGCCGUCCCGUACGCGAAAUACGCGGUGCAAGCGGAGUCAAGCGAGGAGGCGAUCAACGUCGCGAAGGCUCUGAAGGAGGCGGGCGCGCGACUGUACGGAGCGUUCUGGUGCGAGAACUGCAACAAACAAAAGGAACUUCUGGGCAAGGAGGCGAUGGAGUACAUCGACUACAUCGAGUGCUUCCCGGAUGGGGUGUACCAAAACUCCCCGGGACAUGAAGAUCGCGUGAAGCCCGAUGGAAUUUGCGAUGGGUACACAAGCGCGUGGCCGCUGUGGGUCAUCCCAAAGCCGGACGGCGAAGAGAUUGGCAUCCAGGGCCAGAUCAAGAAACCGCGUGAUCUGCAGCGAUUGAUCAAGGAGGCGAAGGGCGAGAAGACGGACUUGCUCAAGUACUUCACCACGCUCGAGGUGGAAUAA